AUGGCGGCUGGUGGUGGCAGAACCGUGAACAUACAUGGUGGCAAUAAGAUAGCGAUGACACCCACACCUCGCUCGAGAUCCGGAAGCAGCCACCCACGUGGUGGCGUUCAUCGAACGGCAGCACAUACCAUUGACGAUAUCGGCGGUAGAUGGGCUGGGAGGCGUUCACAUCAGCGGUUAAAUGCGGAAGUAGCUGCCCCUCUUCACUCCCGACAUCCCACUGUCGGUCUUCGUCCUCCUUCACAACAUAAGCGAUGCCUACUUGGUCUUAAAAGGAAACGGGUAGCGGCGGGUUGGUGGCAAUGA